AGGCUCGUGUAUAUAUAUAUACACACGGUCUCCGACUAUCCGUCCUGUAUUUUAUUUUCCGGGAUUCAGAUUCUGAUUAGCGUUUAAGGAAAGCGAAAGGCACAAUCCCAGCCGAAGCAGGAGGAAGAGACAAGAAAACCCUAACUUUAAAUCUCUUUUGUUUCCAUUGUUAUUCAUCGAGUCUUAAUGGCCGCCUUGAACGACACUAUGAAGAAGCUAGAGUACUUUUCUCUUGUCUCUAAAGUCUGCAGCGAACUCGAAACACAUAUUGGCUCUAAUGAUGUUGUGUUAGCCGAGUUCAUCACUGAAUUGGGUUCGAACUCUGAGAAUUUUGACCAAUUUGAUGAGAAGUUGAAGGAUUAUAGGUUUGAGUUGCCUGAUUACUUUGUUCAUACUCUUCUGACCUUCAUUCACGCAAUUCUCCGGCCAAACCCUAAGCCGGAGAAGGAGUGCACAGAUUAUCGUAAGAAGAUGAAUUAUGGGGCUUUAGCAAUUGUGGAUAGUAAGGAAAGAGUGAAGGAGCUCGAGAAGGAAAUCAUAAUAGACAGGCAUAGAGUCAGAAGAGGCAUGAGGGAUGGAGAUAUGCUCAGAGACAGAGAGAGGUACACAGAUCAGCGUAAUAGGCAUAUGCAGGGUUGGCAGGCUUUAUUGAUAGCAAUUGUUCUUGGAAGCUGCGGAGACUUACACCUCUCUUUCAUAUGAUCAAGAUCCAGGAAUAUUCUAAUACCAAAAAACAGAAUGAACUCAAGAUAAUCAAUGGAAUACCUCUGCAAUUAGUAUGGAUUCGGUGUAACCCAGAUCGGUGGAGGCCACAGAUUGCGCGGACAAGGAGGUAAUGACUCAAUCGUUCCAUCUGAUAACUUAUAGAUCCCUGCAUCGUAUUCUCCUAAAUGGUCGUUGAAUGUCAUUCUAUCAGCAUUGCUGGUAAAAUAUAUACAGUUUCCCAUACAUUCCCUAUAUUCUGAUGCCAUAAAGUACACUGAUUCAUUUUGUCCCACAAAGAAUGCCCGCUCUCCCACAUCCGUGACAACAUUCCACUGUGCCAACUGCUCGCUCCGAUCAAUCCUCAAAACAUCAAACCUUCUAGUUCUGUGUGAUAGGCGGAAAUCAGAAUCAUAACGACUGUCUAAAAACCGCAUAACCAAGAACAACUCAUCCGCUGAACCCACCAAAUACAUUUCAUCACACAGAAAUACCUCACUUGGUAUUCUUUGCAUUUUGAUAAUUGAAACUGUUGGUGGGUCACUCUUCAAAUUGCAGACCAUGAUCUCACAGUAGAUAUCGACUGCGUACAGAAGCUCAUUGUGAUACAUUAUAUCGACACAAGAAGUUACCAGUUCAUCAAUGAAUCUCCAAUAGAAAAAUGUCAUCC